AUGGAGGAGGUCAGUGAUGGAGGAGGUCAGAGAUGGAGGAGGUCAGUGAAGGAGGAGGUCAGUGAUGGAGGAGGUCAGAGAUGGAGGUCAGUGAUGGAGGUCAGUGAUGGAGGAGGUCAGAGAUGGAGGUCAGUGAUGGAGGUCAGUGAUGGAGGAGACACCGGUCGGCGGACUGGAGACUGGCUAUGGAGGGAUGCUUCUCUAACCCACCGAUCUGCCCUUACCCUGCUCCAGGUCCUGCUGGUCGUACCACGGCUCCUCUUCCUCGGUCACGAACUCCUCCAUGCUCCCGGAUCCGAGCAUAGGGCCAGCUCGUCUGAACGCACAGAGACAAGCGCGGCCGUGGGUGCACAACAGCUCCAGGAUGAAGUCCGCUCCGACGGCCCCAGCGCAGGAAGGAAGCGUCACGGGGGGGCGAGGCGAGCGGCACUGGAGGAGGAGACGCCACCUCUUGCAUCUCUUGCUUCUUUCGACUCUUCUGUACAACAACUGUCUCUGUCCAGCCAAAAGAUUGUGCACCGGUUUGAGGCUGAUGUGAAACAGAAGUGGGGAAGGUGGCGUCUUGGCAAAGAGAAGGAGUGUGGAGAACAUCAGUUUGGAGUAAGCUAUCCAAAGAGUGCUCGCAGAGAGCUCAAAGCCGAGGCGCUGGAGAUCGGGGCUUUUGUGGUGCUUCUGCUGUUUGUGUUUGUUUUCAUCUUCCUGGUGGCGAUGUCCUGCACCACCUGCUGUUCCUCAAAGACAACGAGGAAAUCCACCAAAGUCGAGCCGGCCUGA